AUGCUCCCGCUCAUGCGUCUUCUGGGGUCCACGCUUGUUGCUGCUGCUUUGAUCUCGCGUGGAGCAGCGUCAUCUUCUGAUGCUGUCUUGCAUCCCCACGAGGCAAGGAGUGUCGCUCCGCUUGGGUUUACACACGUCGGCCCAGCUGCGCCCGAACAGACUCUUCAGCUGCGCUUUGCGUUGAAGCAGAGCGAUCCUCAAGGCCUAAUCGACGCGCUGUACAGGGUGAGCGACCCGGCGAGCGCGUCGUACGGCAAGUACUUAUCGAAGGAGGAGAAUCUCACAGGGACGACUAUCUCGUCUUCCGGCGACUGGGUCAGCGCGGGAAGCCCGACCGUCGCGCAGGCGAACGCCCUCUUCAACGCAAAUUUUACAGUGUUCAAGGACGAGGACGGUGCGGAAGUGAUCCGGACACUCUCGUACUCGCUUCCCGCUGAGCUACAGGGCCACGUCGACCUGGUUCACCCUACGAUCUCCUUCCCCGACUCGGCUUCGAAUGUUCAACCCAAUUCGAAGAAGCGCGCGCUCUACACUUCUCACGACCAUUCGCGACGAAAUGCCCCCCCUGCGUGCUCUAAUGGUACAAGUCCCGCUUGCUUACAAGCACUGUAUCAAAUCCCCGCGACGCCCAACGUCAAUCCCACCAACCGCAUCGGUGUGACUGGCUUCUACGGCAACGAAGCUCACUUCGCCUACCUGGAGACAUUCUUGGAAACAUAUUGUCCGGAUAUGGAUCCGAAGACCAAUUUCACUGUCGUAGGCGUCGACGGCGGUUCGGACGAACAAAACCCGUACUCCGUCCUUGAAGGCGAUCUCGACAUCCGAAACACAGUCGGUGUGGCCACGGACGUCCCUGUCAUCGAGUACUUCGUGGGCGGGAAUACUACAGACGGGGUGAACGGCUGGCUAGACGUGGCCGUAUUCCUCGCGAACCUCGAGGACCCGCCGCAAGUGCUCACGACGAGCUAUGUUCACCAAGAGACGACAUGGGCAUUCUCCAUCACAGACAAGGUCUGCCAAUCUUACGCCGCGCUCGGGGCCCGCGGCGUGACGGUGCUCUACGCGUCAGGCGACGGAGGCCCUGGCUGUUCGCCCGACAACAUCACGAACUUCGAGGCCAACUUCCCCGCCUCGUGCCCCUUCCUCACCGCCGUCGGCGGCACGCAGAACUACGCCCCCGAAGAAGGCUGGGUGCACUCGUCCGGCGGCUUCUCGUCAAUAUACGCCCGCCCCCCCUACCAAGACGCCUUCGUGCCCGCCUACCUCGCGAAGCUCGGCUCCGCCAACGCGGGGCGGUUCAACGCCUCCGGCCGCGACAUCCCCGACAUCGCCGCCGCGGCGACGGACUUCCCCGUGUACGCCGCCGGCGUCUUCUUCUCCGCGAGCGGGACGAGCACGGCGACGCCGGCCGUGGCGGACAUCGUCGCGCUCCUCAACGACCGCCUCAUCUCGGCGGGCCGGCCCACGCUCGGCUUCCUGAACCCGUGGCUGUACUCGGUGGGGUACGAGGCGUUCACGGACAUCACCGCGGGCAACAGCUCGGUCCAGCGCGGGUCCGACAAUGACGGCCCGCCGCGGGGGUUCAAUGCGACGCACGGCUGGGAUCCGGUGACCGGUCUCGGUACUCCGAACUUUGACAAGCUCCUCCACAUCUUAGGGCUGGUGAGAUAG